GUGACCGAAGACAGAAGUGGACUUUUACUGAUCUCUCGUAUGCUUUUGGAACAUUGCUAUUGGCUUGAGGCUAUAAGCAGGGUUGGAUUGUGACUACUACUUUGAGCUUGUGCUUGAUCACUGAAAUCAAGUGAUUCCGAGUAUGAUUUUCGAAAUAUUGUCAUGGUUUCUUGGUAUUUUCACCAGUCCAGUAAAUGUAUUGAUUCUGCUGGUGGUGUUCAUUGUGGCAAAUGGACUGUUAAAUCUUCGACCACCAUCUGGUUUCCCACCUGGUCCUCUGGGGUAUCCAUAUAUUGGGCAUGUAUUGGAUUUAGCAAAUGAGCCACAUAUCAGGUGGACGCAAUAUGCUAAAAAAUAUGGAGAUGUCAUCACAAUAAAGAUUGGCACAUUAAACUGUGUUGUGCUAAAUAGUAUUGAAGUCAUCAAUGAAGCACUUGUUAAGAAGCAAAAUGAUUUUGCUGGACGAACUAGUCAGUACUCAACUGACUUGCUUAGCGAAAACGGAGAAGAUAUUGUUUUUGGUGACUUCACCCCCAAGUGGAAAUUCCUUCGCAAAGUUGGACACCAGGCUAUUAGAAACUAUGCAAGUGGAGAAAAACUAGAAGAUCUCGUGAGACAUGAAGCUUUUCCGAGAUUGCAGAAAGCUGUAGCCGACAAGAACGGGGAAUCAUUCUAUCCAAAACCAUUACUGUAUUUUACGGUAGCGAAUAUUAUUGCUACAAUGUGUUUUGGUCAAAAAUAUGAAGUGAAUGACCCCGAAUUGAAAGAAAUUCUGAAGAUGAUUGACGAUACAAACGAAUCAUUUGGCAAUGGACUGCUUGCUGAUUAUAUCUCGAUAUUCCAAUACAUACCAACUAAGGGUAUUCGUGAAGCCAAGCGUUUUAUGACAAAUUGGCUUGGUUUAAUUCAGGGAAAGGUUACUGCCCACAAAAACAAAUUUAACAAAGAUAAUCCAGAAGUUCAUGAUCUUAUUGAUAACCUACUAAAAAUCCAAAACGAUGCCAAGAUAGCAGGUGAAGAUCAGGCAGAUAAAUUAACUGACAUCAAUCUUCGUCAAACAGUCAGUGAUAUUUUUGGAGCUGGAUUAGACACAACCACAAACACCUUUGAUUGGUGCAUUGCGUUUCUUGCAUGCUACCCGGAUGUGCAAACUAAAGUGCAGAAUGAGAUUGAUGACGUCAUCGGACUAGAUCGUCUGCCAUUGUUAUCUGACAAGGGCAAAUUACCAUACUGUGAUGCUGUAAUCCAUGAGGUCAUGAGAAUUCGCACAGUUGUGCCAUUUGCUGCACCUCAUAAAACAUGUUGUGAUACGUCUGUGGGUGGAUAUAACCUUCCUAAAGACACAAUGGUCUUCUUGAAUUUGUGGAAUGUACAUAUGAAUGACAAACAUUGGGAAAAUCCUGACGAGUUUCGUCCAGAACGUUUCUUGGAUGCAGAUGGCAAAGCAUUACCCAAACCAGAGAGUUUUCUUCCUUUCUCCGCUGGACGUAGAGUGUGUAUGGGAGAAGUAUUGGCUAAAUCGGAGAUGUUCCUUGUCUUCAUCUGUUUAUUCCAAAAUUACACAUUCAAAGUGGCCCCUGGCAAAGAGAAGCCUAAUUUAAGCCCAAGUCUUGAGAAUCUAAUUGUGCGUUGUCGCCCCUAUAAUGUAAUUGCUCAUCCAAGGAAGGAAACCGAUUAAGAUUUUGCGUGAACUACUAAUCUUGAAAGACAGACGUUUGUAGAAUGAUCUUCCAGAACUAGCAUUUUACACAAAGGGAGCCAGCUGUGUUUUAUUUUCAUAUCAUAUUCAGCUCAGAAUCCCCCGCCCUCACACACACUUUCCUAUUGUGAAACCGACAGUGCAACGUGAAACGAAUGACGUCAUUUUAAAGUUUACACAUGCGCGUCAUCAACAAGUUCACUAACAUGAUGUGAUAAUAGCCUACAUGAAUUAUACAUAAUAAAUCAGUCACCUAAACGCCUUAACUUAUAGCGUAUUGUAAUUUUGCGGUAUUGCGCUGGGUAUUUGCAUCCUACCAUAUUAGGAAAUGCGAAUUCCAAAUAUAGAACACUUUCAUGCGUAAGCGUUCUCUAAUAAUGAAAACAAAAAUGGCAGCUCCUAUGGUACUUUGCUUAAUCUGUUCUAAACUUUUUGGAUUUCGGCAUUCAUAAUAACCUCACAUUAUUUCUCUUAUAUAAA